AGCGUAUUCGCAAAUUUUUUUUUUUAAAUUAACGGAAACCACACAUUUUAGAAGUAGUCAUUAUUCUUUUGACUAGUGUAGAUAUCUUAGUGCCAAAUUUUAAAUAAGUUGCAAGCCAACAAAACUAUAGUGAGAAUUCUAGAGUUGAUGAAAGUCUCUGGACAAAUAAGAGAGACUAUAUGGCUAUAGUCAAUUUGCCGUUGGACAAGCCAGGACUUGUGGUCACCCAAAUAGUGAAAUGCCCACCUUCUGAUGUUAUCAAACGGCGUGAUGGAUUAUUCCAACAAAGUAAGGGAAGCCCUCUUCAGCUGAUUUGCUAUGGAGGAGAUGGAGUCCGUCUCUGAGCAAUUUCAAUCAUGGAAGAGCCUUUGACGGUGAAAAGAGACAUCUUUAAGGAGCUGGAGACGAUGAUGUCUUGCUCCCAGUUUCAUAAUCGUGGUCUGGUUCGUGGCUAUCAAAAGCUUAGGCAGGUGGGUAGGUAGCUAUAAGAAAACGUGGAUUUACUUCAUAAAAAAAAACGUGGAUUUGUGCUCCCUUUCAUGUAUUAGGAACAGAGUUUUUUUUUUUUUGUGGUUUAAUGCGAUUGUGUAUUAAUAAACCGGGAGAGUGGUAAAAUUAGAUCCAACGACAAAUCGCUGAAGACUUCUAUCUAAGAUAUGCCGUUAAGUGGUAUUAGGAACAGAGUUAGUGUAAAGAAUGAGGUGAAAUUCAAAACUGGGAUUCUCCAAUUGUCUGGACAGCAGAUUCUGCUCCUAAACCUGGAGCGGAGACGGAAACCAUGGAGGAAAGCCGAGAACUUGAGCUGACCCGGAUGAGGAAAAUGGUGGAGAACCUCUGUCGUUGAACAGAGGUAAUCGAAAACCGCGAACUUUGUCCUGAAAUUUCAAGCCUUGUUGCUUAGCCGCUCGUUGUAUUUGUCCACUUUCCAAAAACCAGCCUCCGGUUUUUGUAUUUUUUUGCUUUUGGUAAUUGUGAAAAGAAAGAUUGCAUAUAAAACGAGAGAGUUACAACUCUUAAACCCAACCUUUUCUUCCUCCAGCCGCCUUCAAAUCCCCUCUGCGCCUCCUCGACGGCGACAAUGGCGACCCUCACUCGUCAGAUCCCACAUACCCAUUUCCUCUCCAGACUUCCCCUCCGACCUCGACCCAGGCCCUUCCCCGUGAGGGUCAGAAUGUCCCUCCAGGAAUCUGCGCCGUCUCUCGCCGUCGUCGGCGUCACCGGCGCCGUGGGGCAGGAGUUUCUCUCCGUCCUCGCCGACAGAGAUUUCCCCUACAGCUCCAUCAAGAUGCUCGCCUCAAAACGCUCCGCCGGGAAACGCGUUGCCUUCGACGGCCGUGAGUACACGGUGGAGGAGCUCACUGCCGAGAGCUUCGACGGCGUAGAUAUCGCGCUUUUCAGCGCCGGUGGAUCGAUAAGCAAGCAGUUUGGUCCGGUCGCUGCUGAGAAAGGCACCAUUGUCGUCGACAAUAGCUCCGCGUUUCGGAUGGUCGACGGGGUCCCGCUUGUGAUUCCGGAGGUGAAUCCAGAGGCGAUGAAAGGGAUCAAGGUCGGGAUGGGGGGAGGAGCUCUGAUUGCUAACCCUAAUUGCUCCACCAUUAUCUGCCUGAUGGCUGUGACCCCUCUUCACCGUCACGCCAAGGUGAAGAGAAUGGUGGUUAGCACAUACCAAGCUGCUAGUGGUGCAGGCGCUGCCGCCAUGGAAGAGCUUGUUCAGCAGACUCGCGAGGUUCUAGCAGGGAAACCCCCAACUUGUAACAUAUUCAGCCAGCAGUAUGCUUUUAAUCUGUUUUCGCAUAAUGCUCCGGUUCUUGAGAAUGGGUACAACGAAGAGGAAAUGAAACUUGUCAAUGAGACAAGAAAGAUCUGGAACGAUACAGAAGUGAAAGUGACGGCGACAUGUAUACGUGUUCCAGUUAUGCGUGCUCAUGCAGAGAGUGUGAAUCUCCAGUUCGAGAAUCCCCUUGACGAGAACACAGCGAGAGAACUUCUGAAGAAGGCGCCUGGAGUUUACAUUAUAGACGACCGUGCUUCAAACACCUUCCCUACUCCACUCGAUGUCUCGAACAAAGACGAUGUUGCCGUGGGUAGGAUUCGCAGAGACGUUUCUCAGGAGGGUGAUUUCGGACUGGACAUAUUCGCGUGCGGUGAUCAAAUACGGAAAGGAGCUGCCCUCAAUGCCGUCCAGAUCGCUGAGAUGCUUCUUUGAUCAAUCUCCAUGCCCUUCUCUUCAUUCAUUGUCUUCUUCUUCUUCUUCUUGAUUCAUUUCUACUGUCUCACCAUUGGGGAAAACUGCUGAUUUUUGCAACGCUUGGGCCGAAAAUCGGUUUGGUUUAACGGUUCUGAAUCGUACUGGUAGCUUUUGUAAUGCUAAUAAGCUGAAACAUAGGUGGUCGAGGCAAGGAACCAUUAUGAGGGUUUGAUGUCUUCGUUUGUAAUGGUAAGAAGACAAUCAGCAAACAUGUCUUAAGUUACCAAAAAUAAUGUUGUUUCUGUA